AUUUAUCCUCCCAUUUCCCCUCUACAACCUCCUCCCUCACCAAUCCCCCACACACCCCCAACUUAACCUAAAAGCAAAACCCAUCAUGCCCCAACCCCAAGCCCCAGCCCAGCCCCAGCCCCAAACCCCUUCCAACCCGCAAUCCCGCAAGUUCCAAACAACCCGCCCCGCCCCGUCCUCGCUCCUCAUCCCGCAAAAACGGGCCCUCUUCCCCCCAAAGAAGAAGCAUCUCUCCCCGAACCCGAACACAACCACCCGACCCCCAUCCCUUCUCCUCGAACCCUCAUCCUCAUCCUCAUCCUCAUCCUCAAACCCCACUCCCACCCCCAACCCCGCAUCCAGAGACAAACCAGGAAGCAGCCGAAGCAGAAGCGACACGGAAUUCAACUUCGCGCUCGCGCCGCAGCCGUUCCUUGAUCCGGGGUGUUGGGAGCGGAUGCGGAUGCGGGGAGGGGGUGUUGAUGCUGCACGACCACGACCACGACCAGUCGGGCCGGGGGUGGAGGAGAGCGAGGAGUUGCGGCGGAGGAAGAGGGCCCGGGAGGCGGAGUUUGGGGGCAUGGCUGUUCGGGGGCGGUUGCGGUGAGUUUUUGCUGUCGGGAU